AUGGCGCGAGGUUUCGCUCUAUGUUCCAAUGGAAGAAAGUCUUCGAGUUUACUCUCAAACUCCAUCGCUAGGGUUUCACAUUCCAUUUCCCCUAAAACCCACUUCGCUUCGUAUCUAAUUCAACCCCGCCGCCCCAAUUUCUCUCGAUUGUUCUGUAACCUUGCCUCUGUUCCCAAAACGGUGGAUGAAAGCGAAACCAAGUACAAUGAGAUUUUCAGUAGAAGAAUGGCCAUGGCAGGACUCAAACCUCAUCACCGAAUCGCUUUGGGAGUUUCAGGUGGGCCUGAUAGUAUGGCGCUCUGUGUUCUAACUGCGAAAUGGAAAACCGAAGGGUUAAUCUCUGUUGAGAAGAGAGAUGGUUUCAUCGACGGGCUUGUUGCUGUAGUUGUGGAUCAUGGAUUACGUCAAGAGAGUAAAGAUGAAGCUGUGCUCGUCCGCUCUAGAGUCUCUGAAAUGGGAAUCAGAUGUGAGAUUGCUCGUUGUGAUUGGGUUAAUGGUAAACCAAAACAAGGUCACUUGCAAGAAGCAGCUCGUGAAAUGAGGUAUCAAAUGAUUUCGAAUGUUUGCUUCCGAGAACAGAUUGGAGUCUUGCUUAUAGCUCAUCAUGCAGAUGACCAGGCUGAGUUAUUCAUUCUCAGGUUAUCUCGCGGUAGCGGCGUUCUUGGACUUGCGGGUACAUCGUUCGUUUCGGAGAUUUUCUCUAAGGAUUUGGAGUUAGAUGCAGAACAUAUGAAGAACAGGUCUGUUCUCUUAGUGCGCCCGCUUCUUGAUUUAUGGAAAGAAGACAUGUACAAGAUAUGUCAAUGUGGUGGGAAAGAUUGGGUUGAAGAUCCGACGAAUCGUAGUCAGUUGUUUGUUCGGAAUAGGAUUCGAACAUCAAUAGGAAAUCUACAGUCAGCUGUAUUCAAGUCAGAGCUGCUAGGACUCAUCUCUGAAUGUCGAAGAACACGUUCGUUUGUUGAUAAAGUUUGUGCAGACUUGAUAACUCAGAGCGUAACAGUAACAGAUAAAGGUUAUGCUGUUCUUGAUCUACAGAGACUAAACCCUACAGAAGUUACCGACAUUUGCCUCUCAAAGUAUCUCGCUUCGGUUUUGCAGUUUAUCUCUCAACGGCAGAGACCGAUCAGAGGAAACACUUCGAAGUUGCUUUUGAAUUACCUCCGCGCAAUUCCCUGCAGGACUUCUCUUACAGCUGCUGGUUGCUACCUUAGUCCUGCUCCUGGUUCGAAGGGAACCAAAGUUAUAGUCUCCUGUUUUCUUCACGGUUCUUUAUCAUCGAAGACAGAAAUCUUGAAUAUUUGCUUCAAUGAAGCUGAUCAGAAGAAACCAAGUUUGGAUGAUGAGCUUCGUCGAAUCACAUCAGAUGCUAAAUCUUUCUCAGACAAUGCGGCCGUUGAUGUCCAGUUUUUGGAUGCGGCAUCCGAAUCCGUAUUGAGUAAAGCUAAAGAGCUCAAUCUUCUAAGCGAAUCGACAUACGAAACCAUAGCUCUACUGCAGAGAGAUGAAUCCAAUCGGUUCAUAACUAAACCAGAAGACAAAUCAGUGGAUGAAUCAGUAGCUCACGAGAUCAACAACAUUGCAUCUUCCUCUGAUGAAGUACAUCUUGCUCCAGGGAAAGAUCUCUACUUCAUGAACCGGUUUCUCAUCAGAUGGAACUUGAGUAAAAAUGAAUGCGAAGAAGCACGUCACGGAAACUGCCAGGUGAGAAGAGCUACAACGAUGGAGGUUCGACACAUGGUUGAAUCCGACUGGUUGUAUCUAGCCGAGCUUUCGAAAUCCUCUAACCGAAAUCAUUCUGCUGCUUCGUCCUCAUAUAAAGCUCUCAAGUCCUUAAAGCACAUUCCGGCCGCCGCGAGAAGAAGCUUCCCAGUCUUGGUCGAUCACUCCGGUUUACUCCUCAGCGUUCCGGCUAUUGGCUUCAGCUAUUGUCCAUGCUUGAAGGUGUCAACACUGUUUCUUCCGAGAGUACCACUCGGAGGCGGUUUUAGCUCAUUUCUCUAA